AUGAGUUCUGUACGACCUUUAUCACUCGCUGCUCAAGAUGCAAUUGAAGAUCUCCCAACAAACUUUAUGAGUGCCCUUUCAAUGACACAACACCAGCAAGUUCUCGAGGCCUUCUCGCAACUCGAUUUUCUUUCCAAGGAUUCGCAACAUCCGAAAUUGUUCCAGCUCAGAUGCCUCAUAUCAUUACUUUCUGCAAGACAUGUUGUACUUCGAGCUGCAACAGGCUCCAGAAAGACCCUCACAAUGAUUCUGCCUUUACUUCUUUCUCCGGACAAGACAGCCAUCACCAUCACCCCUUUGAAACUGCUGCAGCAUGAUCAUGUUCAGGAGUUUGAGCAGUACGGCAUUCCUUUGAUCGCAAUUAAUUGUGAUACUCCAUCUGACAAGAAUCUUUGGAAUGUCGGGCCAUCCCGUUCCCCAAUUCCCGUUCCCAAGUUCCCGUUCCCUAGAUCCCCCGUUCCCCGUUCCCCGUUCCCCUUUCCCCGUUCCCCCGUUCCCCCGUUCCCCCGUCCCCGUUCCCCGUUCCCCCGUUCCCCCGUUCCCCCGUUCCCCGUUCCCCGUGUCCCCGUUCCCCCGUUUCCCCCGUCCCCGGUUCCCCCAUUCCCCAAUUCCCCCAUUCCUCCAUCCCUCCGCUCACCCAACUUCCCAUGCGUCGGAACUAGACCCCGCACUCUCGCAUCCGUCCCCUCCAUUCCGCUCUGCUUUGGAACUUCAGUCCAAGCAGUUCCUUCCGCUCCGCUUCUACCAUUGGUUCCGACCGCAGUAGUCUCCCACCUCCCUCCUGUUGGGCAGAACAACCCCCGCCCAACUUUCCUGCACUCACCUAGUAGUCCAUCGGUCCUCCUUCAAAGGACCCCCGUUCCGACGUCCUGUCGGAACUCAUAG